GCCUUGCCUCUCGCCCGCACUUCCCUCGCACCACCGACACUAGCGAGCCAUGGCAUGCAACCAACACCUUCAAAAGCUCUAGAUGCGGGCGCAUGCACUGCCUCCUCCUAUUGACCCCACGCGAGCGUGUCUGCCGCAACCGCAAUGCCAUCACGACGACCGUCCUCGUCGUCGCCGUCUCCUUUGCCUCUGUCAGCGGGCACGGCGGCGGUCCAGGUCCCAGGCGGCGCCGCGAGCUGCCUCCCCGCGGACCAGUCCUGCCUCACGGUCUCGGUCUCCGUCGGUGCGCCCUACUCCUCGCGUCGUCGUCACGACACUGCCACCGACGCCGCUGUGGGCACGACACACGCUUGCUGCACCGCAGCCUCCUACAUCACCGUCCUCGGCAUCAGCUUCGGCUCCCUGCUCGCCAUCCUGCUCGUCAUGUGCGCCAUCCGGUGGUACCUCGUGCGGCGGUCCGCGAGCCGGGACGCUACCGCCGCGGCGGAACUAGAGAAGAAGCGGUCCAAGGGGCUGGGCGCCGACGCCAUCGCCGCGCUGCCAGAGUUCGUGUACCAGAAGGAGAAGGAUGCCAACGACGGGGAGGAGGAGGAGGAGCGGGAGCUCGAGUGCGCAGUGUGCCUGGGUGCAAUGGUGCACGGAGACGCGGCGCUACGGCUGCCCCCGUGCAUGCAUGUCUUCCACCGGGGCUGCGUCGACGUGUGGCUAAGGGAGCACUCGACGUGCCCAGUCUGCCGCGCCGAGGUGGUCGUCAGACCGGCGGCCAGCGAGGGCUGUGGCCAGAAGGGCCAGGAAGGCGGCCCGUCGCGCGCGUCCAUGUCGAUGGCAUGGACAUCACAGGGAAGGCUGGUAGACGACGCGGAGAGGGACCUAGAGGCGCAGCUGUAGCGUGUAUGACAGAGGUACAUGAUAGGAGUAGCUUUAUGUUGCUAUUGUUGUGUUUUUGGGAUUUUGGUUACGAAAAGUGAGUUAGUAAUAAUUUGGAAGAUUUGGCUGAAAUUUGUAGGAUAUAAAUGUAUAUGUAGUGUAGUAUUCUACCUAAGGGGUAUCGCAUAUUCACAUA